GUCAUGAAUUUAUUACAUCCUUUUUCUUUGAUGGGCCUCGUUUUGGCGCUUCUUCGAUCUGUUCUACAAACGCAGGACCCGCGAUCUGGAAUCAAAUGUCCUUUUGCGUAGUUUCUAGGGUCCUAUCCCGGCUGACGAUGAUAUCAUGACCUUAUGAGAUUGUUCCGGAAAGUCUCCUCUACGAGUAUAUAAGCUGCGUCGCGCAUAAUUAUAUUUUCAGCAUCCUCUCUUACGAACCUUUCACGAUGGUAUACACUCCUCCCACUCCAUAUGGGCACACGGAUACCUCCUCUCCUGCCAAAGUAACCUCUGUUGCCAAGGCAUAUAUCGACUCUCAUGGGAGUCACCAUGAUCAUGAAUCUCCUCGACACAGUUUUGACUCGGAGCCACGGUCUUCAGUACCAGCGAAUCGCCUGGGUCGUAUUCGACUGGCUAUUCGUGAACCCGCCGCGGAGUUCAUUGGAGUCGCCAUCCUUGUCAUGUUUGGCUCUGGAGCUAGUUGUCAGGCGGUCACCUCCACCAACCCCGGUGUCGCUGAUACUCAGCAGGGUAGCUACUUUUCUAUCGCGUUAGGUUGGGGGUUUGGCCUUGCUUUGGGCGCGUGGGUUAGCGGAGGAGUUUCUGGAGGCCACAUCAAUCCUGCGGUCACCCUGGCUAUGGCUACGUGGCGCGGGUUCCCAUGGAGGAAAGUUCCAGGGUACAUUUUCGCACAACUCAUGGGUGGUAUAUUCGGUGCCGCGCUGGUUUACGCCAACUAUUACCAUGCUAUCAACAUUUACGAAGGCGGGCAUUACAGGACACUUGCUACCGCUGGUUUCUUUGGUACCUAUGCUCUUGAUUACGUGCCGAACGCCGCCGCGUUCUUUGACGAAUUUUUGGGUUGUUUCAUCCUUAUGCUCAUCAUCCUCGCCGCCACCGACAAGCGCAACUCCCCUCCUGCAGGACUUCUUCCGCUUGCUCUGUUCCUCACCCUCUUUGGUUUGGGUGUUUGCUUUGGCAUGCAGACAGGAUUUGCUGUUAAUCCCGCCCGUGAUCUGGGUCCCCGUAUUCUGACGGCCAUCGCCGGUUGGGGUAAACAAGUGUUCAACUAUCGAAACCAAUACUGGUUAUGGGCUGGUGUGUUGGCGCCUAUUCUCGGUGCCCAAAUCGCUGCGAUGCUGUACGACACCUUCGUCUAUGACAGUCAGGAUAGUCGUAUAGACCGGGCAUUCAUGAGAGUUCCUUCACGAUCGACAGACGAAAAAGCUCCUGCCAACAUGGUGUAAGCGCUUGAACAGUUGGUUGGUAAAAAAUCAGCUGGUAUGAUUCGAUAAAACAACCUUGUUAUUUUCCUUCUUGGGUCGUCGUUUACUUCAUGUCGCUAUGUAUGAUCACGAAAAAAUUUCCGUAUCUAAACAGAAUUGACAUUUGGUCUGAUAUCUGGACCGGAAAUUUUUGACGUCUUUGAAUUGUAUUCGUGAAGUUCCAUCGCGACUAGUAUUACCGACGCUGUCUAGAAUAUUCUAAUGGAGGGAAUAGUAUUGAUGCGAUGAAUCUGUCCUGAUGCCGUCGCCG